AGCUCAGAUGACAGGUUGGGAUCGCCGGCAUUUUUUUUUUGCAAACACGCAUCGAGUAAAAAGACGCCCAAGGAUAAUAGCUGAAAUACGAUUUUGCGCCAACAAAACUGCUCGUUGCGUUCCAUACAUUCCGGAGGACUGUUCGUGGAUUCCCGUUUCUCAAAAGUAACUCCGCAAGCGUAAACAACAGACACGAUGGCGACGGCAAUGCCCAUUAAUCCGAAGCCGUUCCUGAACGGGCUGACGGGCAAACCGGUGAUGAUCAAAUUAAAGUGGGGCCACGAGUACAAGGGCUUCCUGGUGUCGGUUGAUGGCUACAUGAACAUGCAGCUGGCCAACACGGAAGAGUUUGUCGAUGGGCAAAACACGGGGCACCUCGGCGAAGUGCUGAUCCGGUGUAACAACGUGCUCUACAUACGCGGUAUCGAUGAUGAGGACGAGGAGGGUGAGAUGCGGGAUUGAUAGGAAGCGGGCGUUCUUGGGGUAUAUCUCGUGGGAAUAAACUCAUAAUGUAAA